GUUCUAGUGCCGUGCUAGGUUGGUUUUAAGCUGCAUUUGCGUCGGCGGUAAUUAACUAAUCUAGCCUCCUGUGCCCUGUGGGGGUUGUGAGGUAAUCUUGAAUGGCCUAAUAAGAUUUCAGUGUCUACUACCACUAUUGACUGCUGCUAGGUGGCACUGCAUAGAGUCUGAGGAUCCGUCAUCAGAAGCAAUAUGCUGAACCUGGAAGCAGCAAAGAAAGAGACCGUAGACAAAUUAUGUGAGGAGGUGUGAUUUCUUUUCAACAAUGGACUAAAACAGGAAGACUGUUACUUGACAGAAACCAUCCGGCCAUGGAGGGGUCAACUGCAAGAAAAAAAACUGGAUAUGGACAUCACAAAAAAGAUCCCCCGACCCUUUCCCGUCAAUCCACAGCAGACUUCAAUGGUGACGAGAUCACUCAGCCCAGGAGACUGAAUGGUUCCUCGGUGGAGACCCCGAGUUACCAGAACCUGCACCGGGAGCUGCUGCUCAGCCAUAAACGGGGUCUGCUGCUGGAGGAGAAGCCGGAGCUGACGCGAGUGUUGGAGCAGCGCAGACUGGAUCUGCACAAGGAGGAGGAGAUGGCACGACGGGGGCCCUCAGAUCUGGAGACGGAGCUCCGCAAGAGGCAGCAGAAGCUGGAAGAGUAUGAGCAGGAGGAGAUCCGACAGCGAGAGAAACAGCAGAAGAUCCCAGAGUUUGUCCGUGUGAAGGACAACCUGAGGCGAACGCAGGUGUCUGAGCAGUGAGGCCCCGAGGCUCCCAUCAGCCCCUGCAGCC